GGUUAGUGAGAAUUGAGCUAUCAAAGUUUUAAGAUGUGGUUUUGGAUAAUUGCUGUUGUUAUUAUACUUGCGCUUGUAUACUAUUGGUAUACCUUGAAAUAUGGAUACUUUUCUGCUCAAGGAAUUGUUGCAGCAGAUCCCUGUUUCCCACUUGGAAAUACCCCAAGCAUGUUCACUGGGAAAAGAAACGCCACCUACGACAUCGACGAUCUAUAUCAACAAUUCCGUGGUAAAGCUCCUUUCAUUGGAUACUUUGAAAUGAGAACACCGACAUUCUUACUGAUCGAUCCUGAAGCAAUCAAGUCAGUUAUGGUACAAAACUUUCGCAACUUUCGCGAUAAUGGCUUCAGUAAAUUUAUUGACAAAGAUAAAGAUCCAUUAUUUGGACGUAACCCAUUUAUGUUGCGAGGCGAUGAGUGGAAAGAAAAACGAGCUGAGAUAACGCCGGCGUUCACACAAAACAGAAUCAAAGCAUUGUUUCCACUUGUUGAAGAAAUUCUCGGGAGAUUCACCAAUUAUAUCAAGACAGAAUGUAACAAGCAACCGACAGAACCUUUAGAAGCAAGAGAAAUUUGUGCAAAAUAUACGACGGACGUUGUUUCAAGUUGCGUCUUUAAUGCUGAUGCUGAGUCAUUCACUAAGGAGAAACCAGAAAUUCGUGAAAUGGGCAAAAAGAUCUUCGAUUUCGAUCCAUUAAUGAUGGCUGCUUUUAUGCUUUACUCAAUCUUCCCAUUUAUGACAAAAUAUGUUAAAGUCAGCAUGGUUAAACCUCAAGUUUCUGAUUUCUUCACAAAUCUUAUGAUUCAAGCAAUUGAAGUCAGGCAAAAGUCAGGAAUUCAACGUGACGAUUAUUUAGCACAUUUGAUUUCAUUGAGAAACAGAAAAGAAAUUUCUGAAUUGGACAUGGCAGCACAUGGUGUGACGUUCUUCAUCGAUGGUUUUGAGACCAGUUCAGUUGCUUUGGCUUGUAUAUUUUAUGAGAUCGCAAGCAACAAGAAAGUUCAAGACAAACUUCGCGAUGAAAUCAAAACUCUCUAUGAUGAUAAUGGAAAAAUGAUUUACGAAAAAAUGUUGGAACAUGAAUAUUUGGAUCAAGUUUUUUAUGAAGUUUUGCGCUUGCAUCCACCAGUGACAAUGACCAAUCGAGAAUGCAAUGAAGAAAUUGAGUUUGAAAAUAUUAAAGGAAAGAAAGUUAAAUUGAGAGUUGGUGACAGCUUUGCAAUUCCGAUUUAUUCUAUUCAACGUGAUCCUGAAUUUUAUCCCGAACCCGAGAAAUUCAUUCCUGAACGUUUCGAUCCCGAACAUGGCGGCGUUAAAGCGUUCAAGGAUAAAGGAGUUUUGUUGCCAUUCGGAGAUGGUCCAAGAAUUUGUUUGGGCCAAAGAUUCGCUUUGAUGCAAACAAAAGCUGCAAUCGUUGAGAUCGUGAAGAACUUUGAAAUGACUGUCAAUGAAAAGACAAAACUCCCAUUGAUUAUGGAUCCAAAAGCAUUUGUCAAUGUUAAACUUGGUGGACUUUGGUUGAACUUUAAGCCUUACAAAAAGCUAUCAAAGCAAGGUUUCGAUGGUCCAAAAGUUUGCUUUCCAUUCGGUAAUGCAAAAAGUUCAAUUUUAAGACAACGGAAUGAAGUUUAUGACAUUGAUGACGUGUAUCGGGAAUUCAGUAAGAAAGCAGAGAUUUGCAGUUAUUUUGUAAUGUUUUCUCCACAUUUAUUGGCUCUUGACCCGAAGAUCAUCAAACAAAUAAUGAUUAGUGAAUUUAAGUAUUUUUCGGAUAACAAUUUUACUGUUGAUGCUAAAAUAGAUCCCGUGAUAGCAUUGAAUCCUUUUUGGAUGAAAUCAUCAGCAUGGAAGAUGAAAAGAAGUCAACUUUCACCAUCAAUGACUCCAAUCAAACUCAAGGUGAUGUAUCCGCUAAUAAUUGAAGGAACGAAAACACUUGUUGAAGCGACAAAACGCGGGAUUAGAAACGAUAAGAAUAAAGAAUUUGAUGCUCGUGAUAUCAGUUCACGAUAUUGUUGUGACACAAUUUCAAGCUGCCUUUUUGGAGCUGAUGCUCAAUCAUUCACAUCUGACAAUUCAGUUUAUUUGACAAAUGGACGUAAAAUGUUGAGUGGAAUAAGAGAUAAAGAAGUUGGAAGACACAUUUUCCCUCCAAAAGCUUUUCCACAAGACGCUGAAACGUUUUUCGUUGAAAUUACAAAGGAAGCAAUCAAAUAUCGAAUGGAAUCGAAAACUAAUCAAGACGACUUCUUAUCACAGUUGAUAUCAUUGAAAGUAAAACACGAUUUGAGUGAUAAUGAAGCAGGAGCUUAUUGUGUAACUUUGUUUCUUGAUGCAUUUGAGACUGCAAGCUUAGCGCUGCAUUUAGCUUUAUAUGAACUUGGAAAGUCUCAAGACGUUCAAAAUAAACUUCGAAGAGAAAUCGAAGAAAAUCUUGAGGGAAAAGAAUUUUUAACUUAUGAGAAGUUAUUGGAAUUGCCAUAUUUAGAUCAAAUAUUUUAUGAAGUUCUAAGACUUCAUCCGCCACUUCAAACAACUUCACGAGUGUGCAAUGAUGAUUGUGAAUUAACAUCUGCAAAAGAUCGCAAGAUAAAAAUUAAGAAAGGCUCGGUUGUUGUUAUACCAAUCUAUUCGAUUCAAAGGGACGCAAGAUAUUACAACAAUCCGGAAAAUUUCAAUCCAGAACGUUUCAACAUUGAACAUGGAGGUGUGAAAGCAUUUAAAGAAUUGGGAGUUUUAAUUCCAUUUGGAGAUGGGCCGAGAAUUUGUUUGGGAAUGAGACGUAGUUUGGAAAGCAACAUGUUUGCUAUAAUUUUCUCAAUACUUUUGGUGAUACUUGCCAUUUUGUAUUUUGCAAUAUCAAUGCGAUUUAAGUAUUUCUCCCGACAUGGUGUCAUUGGUCCGAAGCCCAAAUUUCCAUAUGGAAACAUCAAAGAAAGUUUUAAAGGCACCCGAAAUGUGGUUUAUGACAUUGACGAGAUUUAUCGUCAUUACAAAGGGAAAGCGCCUUUCAUUGGAAUGUUCAUGAUGUUCACACCUUAUUUCCUCAUCAUCGAUCCCGAAAUCGUUAAACAAGUCUUGAUAAAAAGCUUCAAAAACUUCCGCAAUAAUGAUUUUUAUGCUUCUAAGAAGAAAGAUCCUCUAAUGUCACGUAACCCAUUCAUAGCGAGAGAUGAUGAAUGGAAGCAAUUGCGAAGUCAAACAGCUCCGGCCUUGACAGUUAAUAAACUCAAAUCUGUGUAUCCACUGAUACUUGAUGGUGCCAAUAAUAUGAUCAAUUUCAUCAAACAAGAAUUAAAAACAGAAGAUCAUAAAGCUUUCGACGCUCGUGAAAUAACAUUGCGUUACACUUGCGAUGUGAUGUCGAAUUGUAUUUUUGGUUCUGACGCUGCAUCGUUCCAAAGCGAGAAACCUUUGAUUCUGGAACUUGGUAAAAAUAUGAUAGCAGGAAUAAAAGAUUCAAUCAUGGGCAUGUUGCCUAAGCCAUUAAUCCCUCCGAGUUAUGGAAAUGAUUUCAUACAAAUAAUGACGGAUGCAAUCAAUUACCGUGAGAAAAAUGAAAGUGCUCGCGAUGAUAUUCUCGCUCACAUCAUAGCGAUAAAACAAAAGAAAGGUCAAAGUGAUGUUGAAGCAGCAGCACAUGGUUGGACAGUAUUUAUGGAUUCUUAUGACACGACAGCGAUUGUUUGUCACAUGGCACUUUAUCAUCUUGCUAAAGACAAACGAGUUCAAGAUAAACUUCGAGAAGAAAUCAUCGAAAAUAUCGAUGAAAAUGCAGUUUUAUCAUAUGGAAAGCUUAUCGAACUUCCAUAUCUCGAUCAGGUUUUGUAUGAAGUUUUGAGAUUGCAUCCACCACUUAUGUUUACCACCAAAGUUUGUAACGAAGACACUGAAAUUGAUGCUGGUAAAGGCCACAAAUUUAUGAUGAAAAAAGGAUCGGUCGCUAUGAUUUCAACACAUUCAAUUCAUUUGGAUCCUGAAUAUUAUGCUGACCCUCAUGGAUUCGUCCCGGAAAGAUUUGAUGAUGAACAUGGUGGUGUUAAGAAUUUCAGAGAUCGAUGCGUGUUGAUUCCUUUUGGCGAUGGACCGCGAAUUUGUCUUGGAAUGAAGUUGGGAUCAGUUCUGGUUAAAUCGAUCAUAGCAGAAACAUUGAAGAACUUCGAAAUGACUGUCGAUGAUGCAACACCUGAAAACUGGAAAAUUGGCGCAUCUGAGUUUUUGAACCUUCCCGAUACGAAACUUCAACUCAACUUUACGCCAUUUUACAUUAGUCGUUCAGAGACAUUUAAGUGGAAGAGUUGUGUCAUCAUCAAGAUGGUUUUCCUUUACUUAAUUCUUGCUGUUCUUGUAUUGGCUUACAUUUUCCUAACAUGGAACUUUGACUACUGGUCGAAACGUGGAGUUCCAGCUAUGAAAGCGAAGAUUUUACUCGGAAAUCUUCCAAGUAUUAUUCUCAGAAACGAACACAUCACUUAUGGAAUGGAUAGAAUUUAUGAUGAAUAUAAAGGAAAAACUCCUUUCAUUGGAAUUCUUCAAAUAACUUCUCCUCGUUUAGUUCUACUUGAACCUGAACUUGUCAAGAGUGUUAUGGUGAAAAAUUUUAAAAGCUUUCACGACAAUGAAUUUGGUGAUAUUUUAUCAAAAAGUGAGAAUCCGCUUUUCUCGAAAAAUCCAUUUCUACUUCAAGGCGAAGAGUGGAAAGAUAAACGAGCUGAAAUCACUCCCGCAUUUACUGCGAGUCGGUUAAAGGCGUUGUAUCCAUUGAUUGAAGAUGUUCAAGGUCGAAUGAUCGCAUAUGUUGGAGAACAAGCUCGUAAGAAACAAUCGCAAGAAGCACGUGAGCUUUGCGCUAAAUUUACGAUUGAUGUUGUUUCAAGCGCAAUUUUUGGAAUCGACGCAAAUUCCUUUAGCGAAGAUAAUCCGAAAAUUCGUGAAAUGGCAAAGCAAUUACUGGCACCAAGCGGAAUUUUCAUCUUCAAAAUGAUGUUAGCAGCAUCAAUUCCAUUUCUUAAACACGUUCUUAGUCUCAGAUUUGCUCCGGUAGUUUGUGAGAAUUUCUUUGUCGAUUUAAUGGAACAAGCUUUGAAAUAUCGUGAAGAAAAUAAAAUUCAACGUGAAGAUUUCUUAGAAUAUUUGAUUCAGUUGAAGAGCAAAAAAGGAAUUCAACAUAUCGACAUGGUGUCGCACACAAUUUCAUUCUUCACUGAUGGCUUUGAUACAUCGUCAGUAGCAAUCGCGCACGUGCUUUACGAGCUGGGAAGAAAUAAAAAUGCUCAAGAUAAGCUUCGUGAUGAAGUUGAUAAGCAUUGUGAUGCCGAUGGAAAAAUCAAUUUCGAAACAAUUAAUGAAAUGCCUUAUCUUGAUCAAGUCUGGAAUGAAACUUUACGAAUGCAUCCACCAGCAACGUUUCUUUCAAGAAAAUGUACCGAAGCAUGUGAAUUGGAAUUCGAGGGAAAGAAAGCACCGAUCGAAUUGGGAAUGAAUGUUUACAUUCCAGUUUCUCAAUUUCAUUACGAUCCCGAAUAUUAUCCUGAACCUGAGAAGUUUAAACCCGAACGAUUUGACCCGGAAAAUGGUGGAACGAAAGCUUUUAAGGAAAAAGGAAUUUUCCUUCCAUUUGGAGAUGGUCCGAGGAUUUGUCUUGGCAUGAAGUUCGCUCAAGCUCAAAGCAAAGUCGCAAUUGCAGGAAUCAUCAGAAAUUUCCAAAUUUCUGUCAAUCCAAAAACAUCUGAGAAACCUAUCAUCGAUCCCAAAGAGUUUUUGAACAUGUUGAUGUUGAUUUUGGUUGUGAUAGGAUUAUUAACAGCUUUAUAUUCUUAUCUAACAUGGAAUUUUGAGUAUUGGAGUUCACGAGGUGUGUUGUCACCAAAGCCGAAAGUACUUUUCAGUUGUUUCAAAGAAUGGAUUCAACGUAAAAGUCACGCUACUGACAUUUUAUCUCGAUUAUAUAAUGACUACAAAGGUCGUGCAAACUUCAUUGGCAUGUAUCAGAUGAGAGAACCUCGUUUGCUUAUUCUCAAACCUGAACUUGUUAAAGAGAUUUUGGUUAAAAAAUUUAAAAACUUUCAUGAUAAUGAAUUCAGUCUCAUACUUAACACCAAGGAUAAUCCACUUUUUGCUAGAAACCCGUUUUUGUCAAGAGAUCAGGAAUGGAAAGAGAGAAGAAGCGAAAUAUCGCCAGGUUUCUCAACAAAUCGAAUGAAAGUUUUGUUUCCCUGCAUUCAAAACGUUUGUGCAAACCUCAAAGCUACAAUCAAUGAUGACUUCAAACAUCCAUUCGAAGCUAAAGAUCUUGCAACGAAAUUCACAACAGACACUGUUGCAAGUUGCAUUUUUGGAAUUGAAGGAAAUUCAUUUAAAGAUGCAGAUUCAGAGUUGAGACAAAUGUCGAAACGAUUGACAAGACCACCGAUCAAGACUUUCAUUAAAAUGUUCCUUGUCGCUAUUAUCCCACCUCUGAGAGAUUAUUUGACACUUUCAUUUGUUCCUGAUGACGCCAAUAAUUUCUUUAUGAAUUUAAUUAAACAAGCUGUUGAUUACCGAAUAAAGAAUAAAAUCAACAGGGAUGACUACUUGGACUUCCUGAUUAAUCUUCAAAAUAAAAAGGGAUUAUCGAGUACUGAUUUCGCUGGUCAUUCAAUGACAUUUUUCAGCGAUGGACUUGAAACAUCUUCUGUUACUAUUGCACACACACUUUAUGAAUUGGCACGAAACGUGAGAGUUCAAGAGAAUUUAAGAAAAGAAAUUCAUGAAUUUGCUGAGAGAAACGAUGAAAUAACAUUUGAGAUUCUUCAUGAGAUGCCUUACCUUGAUCAAGUGCUUAAUGAAAGUCUACGUCUUCAUCCACCUUUCACAGCAAUAUCCAAAGAAUGUACUGAAGCGACUGAACUUGAGUAUAUGAAAGGAAUUAACGUCAACAUUGAAAAGGGUGUUAAUGUUUAUCUUCCUUUGUAUCAAAUUCAACGUGAUGCUGAAUAUUAUCCAAAACCUGAAGAAUUUAUUCCAGAAAGAUUUGAUCCUGAGAUUGGUGGUGUGAAGAAGUUUAAGGAACAAGGAAUUUUCUUGACAUUUGGUGAUGGGCCGCGAAUUUGUUUGGGAAUGAAAUUUGCUGUGAUGCAGACAAAAGCAGCGAUUGUUGAGAUAAUUAAAAAUUUUAAGAUAACAGUGAACGAAAAGACUCCAAAGAAAUUAAAAAUUGAUCCGGAAGAAUCUUUAAAUAUUAAGAAAGGCGGCCUGUGGCUUAACUUUAAACCUGCAAAAAUUUUCCAUUCCAUAAGUUUUGGAAAAUUUAAUGAAGAAGAUAAACUUCCUCUCUACUGCAAGGAAAAAAUCUUCGCUAUGUGGUGCGAGGGCUUUUGUGGUGUUUUUAUUAACAUUUUGUUAAUAAUUUUCUCGGUCGUUGGAUUUCAUUAUUUCUAUCUUCUAUGGAAUUCUGAUUAUUGGAAAAAGCGGGGAGUUUUCUGUCCCGACUCGAAAUCAUUGUUUGGAAAUCUUCCUGGACAAGUCAAUGGGAAGCGCAACAUCGCUUACGACACUGAAGACUUAUAUAAGGAAUAUAAAGAAAAAUAUCCGUACAUUGGAAUUUACAUGUUUCGUGAACCGCAAUUGCUUGUGUUUGAUCCUGAAAUAAUUAAGGACAUCACUGUGAAAUAUUUCAAGUAUUUCCAAGCCACAGAAUUCUACGGGAAGAUCGACAAAGAGUCCGAUCCCUUAUUCGGAAAUCACCCGUUCUUCUUAACCGGUGACGAAUGGAAGACAAAACGAACAGAAUUAUCGCCAGCAUUUACCAACACGCGAAUCAAGGCCAUUUUCCCAACAGCAUUAGAUGUCAGUCAUAAAAUGAUUUCGUACAUUAAGAAAGAAAUUUCAAAAGACGAUUUCGACGGAUUCGAUGCUAAAGAUUUAUCGGCGCGUUUCACAAUCUCAAUCGUCUCCAACAGCGUCUAUAAUGUCGAUCCGAAAUCUUUUGAAGGUCAAGAAUCUGAAAUUUUAAAGCGAGGCUUAGAAUUUGCUUCACCAACGAAACAAUUCAUGAUCAAGAAUUUGCUGAUGCAAAUUUAUCCAUUUUUGAAGAAAUAUUUAAAGCUCAGUUUCUCAAAGGAAGGCGCUGACCAAUUUUUUAUUGCAUUAAUGAACAACGCAAUAAAACAUCGACAAGAAAAUAAAAUUCAAAGUGCUGAUUAUCUCGAUCAUUUGAUGAACUUGAAAAAUAAGAAGGAAAUUUCGGAUCAUGACCUGGCCGCUCAUGGAGCUUCAUUCUUAGUCGAUGGUUUUGAUACGUCAAGUUCAUCAAUGGUCAGCGCUUUAAAAGAACUUGCUGAGAAUAAAGAAGUUCAAGAUCGUCUUCGUGAAGAGAUCAACAACGCGAUGCCAAAUGAAGAAGAUUUCACUUAUGACAACAUUAUUAAUUUGCCUUAUUUGGAUCAAGUUUGGAAUGAAAGUCUUCGACUGAACAGCGUUGUGGCAGUUUUAAGACGACAGUGCACCGAACCCGUGGAAAUUGAGUUACCCAAAGACAAGAAAUUAUUCAUCGACAAAGGUUUCGUUAUCGGAUUCCCAGUUCAUUCAAUCCACAGAGAUCCUGAAUAUUAUCCAAAUCCAGACAAAUUCGACCCCGACCGCUUUGCCCCUGAAAAUGGUGGAUUCAAAUCUUAUAUGGAACGUGGAGUUUUCCUUACAUUCGGUUAUGGCCCAAGAAUUUGUCCUGGAAAUCGUUUCGCUAACGCACAAUCAAAGAUUGCACUUGCAGCAAUCAUAAAGAACUUUGAAGUUUCCAUCAAUCCUAAAUCUCCAAAAGAAUACAUUUUCCACCCACAAGCUAUAAUUAACACACUUCUUGGAUGCUACAUCGACAUGAAAGAAGUAAAACGCAAUUAAAUUGUGGAGUAAAAUUUUUUAUUAAAUAUUUUUAUCUAAUGGAAAACGCAAAUUUUAAAUUUUAUCAAGCUUUUCAAUUUAUAUUUAGCAGUUUGUUCGUGUAAUGAAAAAUAAUUAAUAAAUAUUGGAAAUUAUCGUAUUGGAUUGUUUAUGAAAUAAAAUUUAAAUCUCUUUGAUUGCAUCUUUCAGCUCGUUCAUGAGAAUCGAGCCAACAACAAGCUUUUCGCAAUUGACAGUAAUUGUCGCCACAUGCUGUUCGUCGUUAAGUGAAAUGCUAACAAGAACAAGACUCUUGGAGUUUAAUGUUUGCCCAGCAAAGAGAAGCGUGUCAGGAGAAUCGCCAUGCGGAAUGAAAGCAACAUUUGCUAUUUCAAAUAUUUUCUUUUGAAGUUGUUGCUUGUCAUGAAAGUCAUUUCGAAGUUGAACUUUGCAAUUCGAUUCAGACAUGCCGCGAAGUUUAUUUCUCUCUUCUUUAAACAUAAUUUCGGGUAAUGUGACGCUUCUUAUCAACUCACCAACAGUUGGUUUAAUCGCAACUUUACUGACACCUCCACUCGAUCGAAUCUCAAAGUUUGCCGCUUGACUUGAAUCACAAAAAUCAAUUCCGAGAAUUCCUACAAGAGUUUGCUUUGGCGCAAGCUGUGUCAAUUGAGCAAACUCAUUCAAAGACAUUCCACUGGUUAAUUGCUUUGCACCAAUAUGAAUAUCUGUCAAUUCUACAUUUCCAUGAUUCGUGAAAUAAAGUUCAAUCGACACCAUGCUCGAGCUGAAUAAAUGAGGCGAUCGCGUGUAUUUGUAAGAAACUCCAAGUCCAUAGCCAUUCACUUUGUUCAAUAAUUCCAUCUUAUCAAUCGCUAUGAAACUUGGUCCGAUCAAUUCAAUUCGGUUAUUGACAGCACCAGUUGCUGAAGGUGUGAUUGGCGUUAGGAAGCCUCCGAGACUUGGCGUCAUUACAUUUCCACUCACCGGAGCGAUGUCAUCAAGAUCUAACAAAAGAUCAAGAUUCGAUUUCUCAACUGAUUGCUUAACAACUCCAUCAACAUGAUUCACUUCCUCUUCAUUCUCACUCUCACUUCCUGAAUCAUCACUUGAUGAACUCGACGAUUCUUCACUGUCUUCAGUCGUUUUCUUGUUUGCAGCUCCAUUUUGUUGCUCACUUUUCUUCUCAACUUCAUCCUCUCCACUUGAUGAUUCACUUCCACUGCUGCUGCUGCCGCUACUGCUUGAAGACUUACUUGAAGUUGAAGACGAAUCACUUUCAGAAUAAAAUGAUUUUUCCUUCUUCUUAUCGUGAUUCUUUGUUUUAUUACGAACAACAUUUUUCACUUUGACAUCUUCUUUCUUUGUCAAUGAAGUUCCUUCAUCGGG